GAGAAAGAGGCACUUGUAUUCUGUUCCCAUGAACCGCUAUGAGCAAUAGAAGCAAGUGACGGUGGUGACACAAGAAAACAACAGAGAAAGCAGAAAGAAUAUGGGUAGAUUCUUUGUGAUGGAGCUUGAGGGAAGGUCUUAUAGAUGCAAGUUUUGUAGUACUCACUUGGCCCUUGCAGAUGAUCUCAUUUCAAGGUCGUUUCAUUGCCGGAGGGGAAAAGCAUACCUAUUCAAUAACGUUGUCAACUUCACACUCGGAGCACCAGAAGAAAGGAUGAUGCUUUCAGGAUUACAUACUGUGGCAGAUAUCUUUUGCUGUUGUUGUGGUCAAAUAAUUGGCUGGAAAUACGAAUUUGCACACGAGAAGAGUCAAAAGUAUAAAGAAGGGAAGUUUGUUCUUGAAAGAGGAAGGAUAGUUGAUGAAGUUGAGUUCUCUACUGAAUUCUACAUCGAUAGUCGUGUCUGUGUGAGUGAUGGUGACGAGGCUUAAAAGAUAUGCUGCUGGACUUGUUCUGUAUAUGAUUAACAAUAAAGGUGACCCUUGAAAAAUGUUCAAGAUCAGGGAAGUCUCUCUUUUUUUCUUUUUUUUUUUCUAAUUUAUUUAUUUACGUGUGGUAUAUGAAAUGAGAGUUGCCAAUGGUGUAUGAACUGUGGAGAAAGAAAAAGAUGAAACAUUGAAAUGGUAGUUUUAGGUUUGCUGCAAAAUACUUGGAAUGAAUUAGUAUAGACCUUUUAAAAGACAUUAUAUUUUAGUAAUGAACUUGUUUGAAUUUUUCUCUGAA